CUUUAACUAAGAAGGACGUAAAUUUUCAAUCUGUGCUGCACAUUUCAGUUGUUUGGACAGAUACUACUCCAGCCUCUGAUAUCAAUCUUCAUUUACAGAGUGUCUGCUGGAUUUACUUGGUUCCUGAUGUUCACUAUAGUUGUGAAAUGAAGGUGAAAGAAAACCUGGAUGCUUGUACCACCCCAUGGACUGAACUGCGCCACUGUUUAUGUUCGAGCUGUAAAACUCAACACUUGUGACAUGUUGACACCUGUGAUUUCCCAUGGGCUCAUCCCAGAACUUGUCCCCUUUUCCCAUUUUGAAAGGUUUCCCCAGAGUAAACAGGAAUUAUUUUAAAAUAAAAAAAAUGGUUCCUUGAUAGUGUAUCAAACUUCAGAGAGGAGUUAUUUGAAGGCUUCGAAAAGUGGAUUGAUGUUUCUAUGUAGUAAGUGUGUGAGUGCAGUGCAGCCUUGGAUCCAUCGUGGAACAACCCCAGUCCCCCCGGGCACCCAGCCUUCGGGCCGGAAGCGCUCAAAACCAAAAACUACUCUCUGGUGUUGCUGAUCCAGCUCAGCCUGCUCUCCUUCGACCUCUUCGUAAACUCCUCCAGCGAGCUGCUGAGAACUGAACCCGCCACCAUGCUGGUACUCUUCAUAAUCCAGGACAUAUCUAUCCUGUUCAACCUGAUCAUCAUUCUGCUGAUGCUGUUUAACACCUACGUGUUCCAGGUCGGCCUGGUGGCUGUAUUACUGGAGCGUUUUAGAGCUGUGCUAAUGCUCUCUGCUCUCUAUCUGACCUUCAGUAUCGUACUCCACUCCUGGCUCAUGAACCUGCGCUGGCUGAAUACCAACAGAUUUGUUUGGACGGACGGCCUUCAGGUGCUGUUUCUGGUCCAAAGAGUCGCUUCAGUGUUGUACUACUACUUAUACAAGAGGACCACAGAGUAUCUGGGGGACCCUCGGCUCUACGAGGAUUCGCCGUGGCUGCGAGAACUGUUCUCUCGGGUUAGACAGUGAUUUCACCUUAAAAGUAUAUGAAUGCAAAAGUGCUUCCAUAAAAUACAGUUUGUUUUAAUUGCAUCUGAAAUGCAGUUACAAUCAAACACAACAUUACAUUUCCAAAGUUUAAAUAACCGAUAGUUUCCGGCUUAAAAUGCAUAUUUUCAGCACAUGCAUUUUUAGUCAAUUCUACAGAAAUUGUAGCCAACAUAUAUAUUCCUCUUUACAUCUCCUUCCAGUGUAGGAUGGAUUGUGCCAAAAUCUGGUAAGACAUUAGAGAACAACUACAAAAACAGCAUCUUAUCAGCUUUUUUGCUGUUCAGAUUGUAGAAAUGCAAUGAAAAGUGAGAUAAUGAUUAAAAGUAAUGUCUUGAUAGAUGUCACCAGAUGCCCUUGUUCUUUUUUUUUUUUGAUAUGUAUUUUUUUUUAAAGAAUAUAUUGACCACAUUGAAGUUGCUUUAUAUACCUUUCAGACUUUUGUGUCGCUUUGAGUUUAUUUAAAAUGUGGAUAUUGAACUUUAUCACGGUCCGUACAGUUACUAAUCUGCACCGUCUGUAAGAUCUCUGACCAUCAUGUGCAUCUGAGCUAGCUGUGUUUCAUCUUCACAGGAU